AUGUCGCCUCCUAGCUCCACGCGCGUCCGCGUUCCAUCAUCCAAUAGCGUGCCAGCAUCGUCGUCCUCGGCCAAUCAGCACCGCGUCGACGACAUUCUCUCCCGCUUCUCGCGAUCUGCGUCCGUUGACGGCGGCGCGACCACAGAGUCAGCACCCUUCGAGUCGGCGCACCGGUCAUCCAGCCACUUGAACUCUCCCACCUCGUCGCGCCGCCUCGCGGUUCGGCUGCUCGUCGGUGGAGUCGAGUCUCUUCAAGUGCCGUCGCCAAGGCCGCCGUCGCCGUCGCCGUUGCUGUCGCCGUCGCCUACCCCGCACCGCAUGGGGGUGGACUAUUCGGUCCCUUCGCCGAAGCUUCCGCCGCGAAAGACGCGGCAGCAGUCGAAUCCCGGUCACAUCUCCCCCUGCUCGCCCUCGUCGCCCGACGCGCGGCUCGUUCGCAAAGACCAGCCGCACCGCGAAGAGAGCCGCGAGGAGCGCCGCGAUGAACGGCGCCGCCUGCGGAAGGUUUCGCAUUCGGAGCGCCCCGAAAGGCCGAGCCGCCACUACAACAGUUCCUCGUCGCAGCUUGAGCGCCUAGAGCAGCAGUCGCAGCCGCAGCAGCAGAAAAGCAUCUUAAAGACGUCGCCCCCGCGAGAGUCGGCAUGGGAGGUGUGCGACGCGCUCAGUCGCACGAGCGUCGCGGCUGCGAUGGCUUCGUCGCCCUCAUCCCCGCUAACAGCCGCCUCGCGACUCUGUAAAAGCAAGCGCAGCACAAGCAAGUGUAACGUCGCUGCGGAAGCGGUGGUUGCGGGCCUUGAAGUCACCGCAGCGGCUGCAGCGGCGGCAGAUGCGGCGAGGGACGGACAAUGGCUCGCGAGCGGGUUCGAGGAGCUUCAGAAUAAGCUUGAGGUGUUUUCAGUUACCACGCAGCAGCUGGCGAUAUCGCUGGAAGAAGCUCGUAAGGAGGCCCAAGAAUCGAGAGCAGCCAUGGAUGCGGCUCGGUCGGAGCGCGAUUUGCUGGUGGCUGAGAUGGAGGCCACGCUGUCAGCGUGGUCCACGUCGGACGCGGAAAAGGCGGAGGAGCUGGCGCGGGUAGAGGCAGAGAAGGCACGGGUGGAGAGGGAAAACGGCGAGUUAAAGCGUGAGUUGGCGGAGACUAAGAGGCAGUAUGCGGAGAUUAAGAGGCAGCUGGAAAUGAUGAGAGCAGAGAGGGAUGCGGCUGUGACGCAUGCUAGGGUUACUGUGGCUAGAGCAACUGCUGCUGGUGCUGGUGGUGGUGGUUCAAGUGAGUGCUUGCCUCGUGAUAACUCCUCCCACCUCCGCCCUCGGCACCUGUGCUUCACUCCCCUGCUUGCGGAUUUAACUGAAGAUGACAGCAGCAAUGGCAGUACCGACAGCACUGGCAACAGCAGCAUUAGUCCCACAGGAAGCAGUGCCAGCAGCAGUACCAAUGCUCGCAGCCCAACCACUGCGAAGUCCAGGAGUGAGUGCAGAGGCAAGUACAGCACGACCGGCGCAUCUGGCAGCAGCAGCAGCCUCUCUGAAAUGCCGAUUCUGGAAUCACAGGGGUCGUUGCAGGUGAGGGCUGGGGGAGGAGGCAGCAGUGGGGGGUUGAAGAAGAUGUAUCGGUCUCAUGAUGCGCUCCCGGCAUAUGGGAGCGUGGAAGAUGGGAGGAUCGUUGUCCCUCAGAAGCAUGUUCAGUGGUCUGAGCAGUGCUGCUGA